UUCUUUCCUGUCGGAACGGGAAAUAGAGGGAAAGUGUAAACAUGAAGCGGGUUACUCGCCAUGCCUGUGAUGAUGUGCCCAUCCCUGAAGAACAGGAGACAGAAGGCCAGAGACAACUGCACAAUCUGCUGCUGCAACAACUGGACACAGAUGUUGACAUUGACCGGUGUGUGGCUAAGAAGAAAUGCUUUGCUCCAGCUGCGGUGUACAAGCCGUUUGGGGAACAGGCCGCUGGUGUGAGGAGUCUGUCUCAGUUUCAGGCCCUGCAGGACGGAGAUCAGGAGCUGGCGGCUCUCAGAGAACUGGGCCUAACUGAUGCUGAAAUACUGCUGUGGAGGAGCAGGGAGCAGCCGGAGAGCUCCCUCAAGGACAGAGGGGUUUGUGUGGCCCCUGAGGCGAGGAAUGAGCGUCUGCAGGCCAUCCGGGAUAAAAUGGCAGCUCAUGCGGAGCUGCUGUCCCGACCCCAGCGCUUCUCAAGCAGUCGAGCGCUGUCCCGCAGAGAGAUGGAAAUCGAGAAAGCUCUUUUUCAAGGCAGCGACCGCUCCAGCUUCCUCACUGCCCUUUACCAUCAAGAUGGAGAUUCACAUGUCAGCCAGCAGAGGGCGACAUCGCCCAAAACAAUGGACCAUUUCUACAAAGACUUUCUUGAAGAGCAGAACAAAACAUUUGGUGAUGUUUCAACGCUUCAGCCAGAAACUGUCACUAAUAUCCAGUGCACAUCAUCAGACUCUAAAAGUGACCAAUCACAAAGUCCAACGGUCUCUGAAUCCGGUCUACCUGAAUACCAGCACAAGUGCACAAAAUCAGAUAUUGUUAACCAACCACAGCCUCAGGAGAAAAGCAUUCAGCCUGUGAAAAUCACAGUUAGCCAGUCUGUUGGUAAGCUAAACUCAGCGUUUGUGCAAGGACAUAAUGGACCCGUUGCGUUGAGUGGAAGGAUAAAGGAAGUCUCAGAUGAAGAGAUCAAGAGCAAUCGAGAGACAGAAGAGGCCAUAAGGAACAUUCCUCGAUUUAAGAACUACCAGAGGGGAAAACCAUCCAAAGUCCUGUGUGUGAAGAACAUCAGUCCACGGGCAUCACUUGCGCAGCUGGUUUCUCUGUUUUCACGCUUUCAGAAGGACGAAUCGCAGCCCAUCCUGUACCGCCUGCUGACCGGACGCCUCAAGGGUCAAGCUUUCAUUACACUCGCAGAUGCUGAAAUCGCCCAAGCGGCUUUGGACUUGUUAAAUGGCUACAAGCUUCUGGAAAAGCCUCUGGUUAUAGAGUUUGGGAGAGCAAGAAGUAAAGAGACUGAUUUACAGACUGAUGAAACCUCGGUAGAUCCGAACACCCUUUCAGUGCAAAACAACAAACACACAUAAUCAUAAUUUAACACUGUAUUUAAAGGAAUAGUUCACCCAAACAUUUUAAUUUACUCACCCUCAAGCUAUUCUAACUAAGUGUAUAUGAUGUUCUUCUGUCAGAUGAACACUCUUAAAUGCUGUAUAUUGGUGUCGGAAAUGGCUUUUAUUUUGAAGCCUUCAAAAGCACAUAUAUCCAUCUUGGUCACCUAAUGUGUAAUAAAUAAAUGCAUUUUUCAAACAAAAUGUUUCAAAUUGUUUAGCUAUAAACUCCAAUCAUUGCUUUUCGGUAUACUCUGUAUAAUUACUGCUUUAUAUUACAGUGAGGUUUGGGCUUAGGCAGACGUUAAUAAAGUACAAUUAAUGGGUAAUUUAAUAAAUGUCAUGAAUAAUUCUUGUUAACCUCUGGCCACAGCUCUUGUCCUUAUACAGUGCUCAGCAUAUCUGAGUACACCCCCCACACAUCCCUCAUUUAAAUUAAUAUUUUCUAUUGGAUGCUUUACAAUAUUAUAUUGGUGCAUAAACAGUUAAAGUCAGAAUUAUUAGCCCCCCUGAAUUAUUAGCGCCCCUGUUUAUUUUUUCCCCAAUUUAUGUUUAAUGGAGGGAAGAUUGUUUCAGCACAUUUCUAAGCAUAAUAGUUUUAAAGACCUAUUUCUAAUAACUGAUUAAUUUUAUCUUUGCCAUGAUGACAGUAAAUAAUAUUUUACUUGAUAUUUUUCAAGACACUUCUAUACAGCUUAAAGUGACAUUUAAAGGCUUGACUAGGUUAAUAAGGUGAACUAGGCAGGUUAGGGUAAUUAGGCAAGUUAUUCUAUAACGAUGGUUUGUUCUGUAGACUUACACCCAAAACUGGCUGUAAUGCUGCAUCUCAAGCAUCUCUUGGGGAAAAAAUAGACGGGGCUAAUAAUU